AGCCUCUCUUAUCUCUUCCCUCGACUCUCCAGCUUCAACCUCAACUGCGGAGAUAGAGAUAGAGAUAGAGAGAGAUGCAGACCUCCGUUUCCAUGACAACUCCAUCAUCUUCUUACUCCAUUUUGAAACCUUUUCGGAACCCUCUUCUGGGUGAUUGCGUUUCUUCAAAACCAUGUUUGCCUUUGAGAAGAAGAGCCUCCUCUUUCACUACCAGAGCACUUCUUUCAGCUACCAAAAAGUCUGUCUUGAAGGAUUUUCAUGAGCGCAAAGCUCUCAAGAUCAUCUCAGGUUUGCAGAAUUUUGACAAAGAGAAUGUUGCCUCGGUUGUUACUGCUGCCGACAAGGGAGGUGCAACUCAUGUGGAUAUAGCUUGUGAUCCAGAGUUGGUGAAGCUUGCCAUUAGUUUAACUUCUCUUCCGGUUUGUGUUUCUUCUGUAGACCCAGCUGCAUUUGUAGCUGCUGUCAAUGCAGGCGCAGUGAUGGUUGAGAUUGGAAAUUAUGACUCAUUUUAUGAGAUGGGAGUGGUUUUCUCUCCAGAGCAGAUAUUAAAUCUAACAAAGGAGACUAAGAGAAAUCUUCCAUCUGUGACAUUAUCCGUCACUGUACCUCACACAUUAAGCUUGCCUGAUCAGGUCAAGCUUGCAGAACAGCUGGAGCUGGAAGGUGUGGACGUUAUUCAGACUGAAGGAGGAAAAUGUUCAAAUCCUUCAAAAUCUGGGAUUCUUGGUUUAAUCGAGAAGGCAACACCAACAUUAGCAGCAGCAUAUUCCAUUUCAAGAGCUGUCAAGAUUCCUGUCAUGUGUUCAUCUGGACUAAGUGCAGUGACAGCACCAAUGGCCAUCACAGCUGGGGCUGCGGGUGUGGGUGUAGGAUCAGCAGUCAACAAGCUGAAUGACAGGGUUGCAAUGGUUGCAGAGGUCAGGAGCAUCGCUGAUUCAUUAUCAUCAGCUGGAAGACACACCGCUAUUGAAGAACAAACUUUGAAACUGUGAUCGUUUAUGACUUUUUAAGGUUUUAGAGUGGUUUCAUAGUUUUUAGAUUAUAGCCUAAGAUAAAUACAGAAUGUUGGAACCUCUUAUAAGUAGGAGCUGCACUAGGGUAUAUUUUCCCCCUUUCUCA